AUGGUUACUACUUGUACACAAAGAGCUGGCGGCAGAAGCUGGGAAGAAAAGUGCUACUUUCACACCUUGCCAGACUGCAACCAUGCUUGAGGAAUCUCAGCCAAGACCCCAAACAGGGUUAGACCCGUCCAUGAACCGUCAUCGACCUGCAUCAGAAAAAACACAGGACAUUUCACAUUUAUUGGCAAGCAUCUUCAAGGAUCUCUACACAACAGAGAUUAUUGGGAAAGACACAGUUGCCAUUCUCACCAAGACAAGAAGGGGAGGCAACAACUACCAUGACAAAUAUGUGGAGGAUCUUCAACAGGUCCAUUCAGAGUACAGCCGUCGGAUGCGUGAUGCUGACAUGUUGGAGAACCACAUCAUUCAGGCUCGGGUCCAGGCCACGGCCACAGAGAGCAGGGCCCUCACCAAGGUGGUGGAGGAGGUGGGAGAGGCCUACCAACAGCUGGGUCUGCCUCCAGUCAGGUGGACCUUCAUGUGGUGUGUUGACAACGGCCUUCUGAAGAGUAACAACUUGAUCUGUCCAGAAGACUACAUCACAGGACUGAACCCGCUCAUCAAAGCCCCCAGAGCCAUGUCCCCCCCAGGCUUUGCCAAGCCGACGGUGUCCUACAACAGACACAUAUGCUACCUUCCCCAGGACGAUGGCUACACAGUGAUCCCUCCCCCAGAGCGGACAGCCCAGAGCUUGCUGGAGGAGUCAGAAACGUCCCUCACCCUUGCCUGUAGCUCAGACACCUGCACCACCCGAAGCCUACCUAGCCAGAAGGUGUGCCGAGUGAGGAAGCCUAAGUGGAUGUAUGAGCUGAGUGCUAAGAGCAGAGCAGAGGAGAGGGCUGGCCUUCAGAAACUACAGCAGAGACACAAGUUCCUGCGGAACCCCAGAUUCCUUCCCCCCAACGCACACCAGGGGGGCAAGUCGCUCAUCCUGCUUUGGGAAAAGGGAGACAGGGGAAGGAAGAGGCAAAAGCAGGAGAGAUCCCCAGCUGAGCCCAUCCCUGUGUUCCUGGCCAAUCCACCUGUUGUCUUCUUCACUGACUAUAGAGUGGGACAGGUAUUUGAGACUACAGUGGAGCUGAGGAACAUGACUGCUACCAGCCGACAUGUCCGGGUCCUCCCCCCCACCACCCCUCACUUCUCCCUGGGUCUCGGAAGGUUUCCAGGCGAGGGGGGUAUCGUAGCCCCUGGGAUGUCCUGCCAGUACACGGUACUGUUUGCUCCAGACUCCCUGGCUGACUACCAAGACUUCCUGGUUGUAGAGACUCAGGCCCAAUACCCACUGCUGGUUCCCAUCGAGGCCCGCAGACCGCCACCUAUACUGACACUGCCCAGUGUUCUGGACUGUGGCUACUGUCUGGUAGGAGGGGUGAGAUUCAGAGAGUUCCUGUGUUGUAAUGAGGGUCUCAGUGCUGGAACCUUCUGCAUCCUCCCCCGGAGACAGUGGCCCGCCUCCAACAUCAGGUCUGUAGUAACUACCAGCUUUGCUGAGGAGCCCCCGUUUGCAGUCAGCCCCUCCCUGUUUGAACUGCAACCUGGGCAGACCACAGUGGUGGAGGUGGUGUUCUUCCCAAUGCUGGCAGAGAGUUGCUCCCAGGUCUUCACCAUAGUAUGUGACAACUGCCAGGUCAAAGACAUCACUGUACAAGGUCAGGGCCAGCUGAUAGGUCUAGAGCUGGUGUGUGUGUCUGGGGAAGAAGAGGUCCCUGCUCUCGGAGAACUCUGUGACGUCACAGCUGAACACUAUGUCCGCUUCCCCACUGCCAACCCUUACUCCGUCCAACAGAAGACACUCACCAUCAGGAACAACACUCACUUGGAGCUGGCGUUCCAUUGGCAGAUCAUGCAGCCCAACUUGCAGACCCUCCUCCCUGGGGAGAUCCCUGACCCCGCCCACAUCCAGUACCACUUGGCCAAUGACGACGUGUUCUACGUCAGCCCCGCCUCCGGCCUGCUAACCCCCCUACAGGACCAUGAGUUCCUCCUUACAUACCAGCCCCAGCAGUUGAUGGACUACCACCGUGUGUGUCACCUGGUAGUGAGGGAUGUCCCAGAGCUGCCCAGAGAGGAUGAACCUCUGGACACCGCCCCCAAGGUGAACGAUGUGAUUGUCAUGGAGAUAGAGGUCAAAGGGUUGACACAGGCCUACCAGGUCCUGUUGGAGCCUUACUCUAUUCAUAUCCCUGGAGAGGUGUUCAUAGGCACCACCAUCCGCAGGAGCUUCAAGAUGUGGAACAACAGCAGAUCCAGAAUCGCCUUCCUUUGGGAGAGGAGUGGUGACUGUCACAUCAUGGAGGUGGAGCCCCCUGCUGGGGAAAUAGAGAUGAACGAGUGUUUUGACCUUGAGCUGGUUCUGACCGGAGGGCGACCAGGUGCGGUCAUAUCCAGACUGCUGUGUCAUGUUCAGCACCAUCACCAACCUGUUGCUCUGGUCAUACAGGUCACCUUCAAGGGUCCGCAGGUGUCUGUGAGUGUUCCCAGUCUUGACCUAGGUCUAAUGCAGCUAGGUGACCAGACCCAGGCCACCAUGGUCCUCACCAACACCACUCAUCUAGAGGCCUUCUGGAGCCUGGGGCCAGAGAAGGCAGAGAGGACAGACAGUCUGGAGUCUGGGAAGGCAGAGAGGACAGACAGUCUGGAGUCUGGGAAGGCAGAGAGGACAGACAGUCUGGAGUCUGGGAAGGCAGAGAUGACAGACAGUCUGGAGUCUGGGAAGGCAGAGAGGACAGACAGUCUGGAGUCUGGGAAGGCAGAGAGGACAGACAGUCUGGAGUCUGGGAAGGCAGAGAGGACAGACAGUCACCACACACAGAUCACAGUGCAGCCGUGUAAAGGAGUGCUGCCCUCUCUGGCCUCCUGCAGUGUAGACAUCCUCUUCAGACCCCUGUUCUGUCAACACUUUGACACCGUGCUUGAGCUGGCUGUGGAGAAUGGCCAAGGAUGUCACCUGUCGGUGCAGGCAGAUGUCCACUCUCCUCAAGUGUGUCUGUUAACCUGUGAUCUGGUAUUCUCUGAGCUCUAUGUCGGAGUUCCUGCCCGGGGUUCCAUCACCCUGAUCAACCAGACCCUGCUGCCUGCUCACUACACCUGGACCAUGCUCCAGGGCCAGCAGGCGUCUCUGUGCUCGGCUAGUUUCACUCCCUCCUCUGGAACUCUGGGACCCAACGCCAAGAAGGACGUCACUGUGGCCUUCACAGCUCACACUGAUAUGGAGUUAAGUGCAGUAGCAGCGUUGUGUGAGGUGACAGGGAUGAAAGAUCCUCUGGUUUUGCGAUUCUUCUCUACAGCCCAGAGACUCAACGUGUCCUACUCUCUACUUAGAGACUGUCCCGGAUUAGAUGAAGAGGACCCUGCUGUAUCGUUGGUUCUGGACUUUGGAGACAACGUCCUGUUGAAGCGACCAAUCACCAAGCAGCUGGUUAUAACCAAUCACACAGCAAUCCCAGCCCCCUUCACUCUGGAGGCGGAGUACUUCACUGGACACGCCCCCUCACCACCAGCCGGCCAAUCGCAGCAGAGGGGCCUGCAUGUGAGGAAGCCUUUACACUCUGUUCAAGCUAAGAAAGUAGAGGACAAGGCACAGGAAGGGUUUGUGAGUGGGCUGUUGGCCCAUGGGAAGGGUGCAGCGUUCUUCGUCCACCCAAAUUGUGGCAUUCUGGGAGCGUUUGAGACUCAAACCAUCGACAUCACAUCCUUCACCAACAUGUGGGGGGAAUACAGAGACCAGCUCAUCUGUAAGGUGGGGGACCUCCAGCCCAAGCUGAUCCCCAUUCAGAUGACAGUGAUGGGCUGUCCCCUUUACUUCCAGAUGAUUGGUCCACAGCCAGACAGACAGAACCAGGGACCAAUCAUACGGUUUGGUACUCACGUCUCUGGAGGAGACACAGUGUCCCGCUCUCUACGUCUGAACAACACAAGCCCCUACGAUAUCCGUAUGGACUGGGAGAGCUACAACGUGGACCAGGAGGACAGGAAGCUGCUGGAUGUGGUGGUUGCCUACGGAGACGCCUUUCCCCUGAAGGACGCAGAUGGCAACGAGGUGGUUGGGGGCGGGGCCAUGUCUAAUGAUACUCCGCCCACUUGGGACCGGAGCCACACACCCAGCACUGAGGGAACAAGCUCCUCCCUCAAGAGCAUGUCUGACCUUAAGGAGGAGGAGGAGGAGGAAGGAUCUGUCCACUCUGCGUCUCCUCAGAAGAGGCUCUUCUCUGUCUUCAUCAGGCCGCAUGAAGGCAACGCCUCCGACUACCCAUACUGCAUCACUCCACAGCAGAUAAAUGUCCCAGCAGGGGGCAGCAGCACCAUCCACGUCUCCUUCACUCCCCUGACCCUGUCAGAACUGACCUCUAAUGCUGCCUGUGUAUCCUUCGCUUUGGGCUUCAUGAGCCUUGAUUCCAAGGUGUCGUCCUGUAUCCCAGGUAAGGUUCAAAGGGCUCAUGGUCAGGAUCUGGAACCUCUCAGAUUGGACCUCCAGGCCUCCGUCAGACCUGCCGUCCUGUCAGUGCAGAUGGAGGAGGAAGAGGAGUGUCUGGAGUUCUGUGCUGUGGCUAGUGAUUUAAUACAGGUCGAGCCACACAAUGAGAUGGUCCAGAGGAAGUGUUCCAUCACACGGACGUUCCAGUUGAAGAACAGUACAGAGAUGCCUCUGAGUUUCAGGCUGAGCACCCAGCCUCCCUUUUCUGUACUGCAGCCUAGAGGGUGUGCCGGGACAGGCGGCUGCUCCUCCCCCAGCCACAGCCUCCCACCUGGGGAGAACCAGCUACUGCUGCUGCAGCCACGACACAACAAGCAGGUGAAGGUGGCGUUCCACAGCUCUCUAUCCAUGCUGGCCUAUCUGAGGCAGUCUGCAGAGGAAGUCCCGCCCAACGUGUCUCUGGUUACCAAUGAGAGUGGAGAGAGGAAGCUGAGGUUCCGGCAGACCCUGUCAGUGCAUUACAACAACAACAGUCUGCAGACCGUGCCACUCUGUGCCCACCUGUCCCUGCCCACUGUAAGUCUGUCCUGUGACAGUCUGGACUUUGGUACCUGCUACGUGGGUCAAACCCUGGUCAAGGAGGUCCAUCUUUCCAACCGAGGAGGCUCCUCUAGCUACUGGAGAGUAAUCAUAGACUCUGGUGAGGAGGAGGAAAGGUCAGAGUUCAGAGUGACUCCUGACUGUGGGGUCCUGAAGCCGUUGGAGUAUCCUGUCUCCUCUUGCACACAGCCCCUACAGAUCAGCUUCACAGCCAGCAAGGAGAGGGAGUUCCAAGCCACAGCCGUAGUAAAGGGGUUCCUGGGGGAGCCCCCCUUAUCGCUACACGUCCAGGGACGCGGCUCCUUCGACCAGAGAUUUGUGUCUCUACUUACCGAUAUUUAGCAGGAGUCUCAGGGGACAUGACCUUAACCUGAGAACACUGGCCACAGUUGUGUGCACUCUUUGCAUGUAUUUAUCACGCCUUGUACUUAGUGAAUAGCACAGGAGGUUGGUGGCAUCUUAAUUGGGGAGAACAGGCUUGUGGUAAUGACUGGAGCGUAAUUAAUAGGUGGAAUGGCAUUAAAUAAAUGGAACACAUGGUUUACAUGGUUUGAUGCCAUUCCAUUUGCUCCGUUCCAGCCAUUACUUGGAGCUGUCCUCCCCUCAGCAGCCUCCACUGGUGUGUAUGAUGUUACUGUGUACGUUGUUGGUUUAUGGAAAUGAACAAUUCAACUAUUCAUAAGUGUUUCUGUGUUUUUAUUGAGCAUGACGCUGAGCUUUCAAUGGACUGUUAGAACCCAACUCAUGACUCACUAUCAACUGUUCUGUCCAGAGGUCCAAGAUGAUUUAUUGUUGUAUAAUACUGGUAUUCUGAACAGAAAGACCUGCAUCUGAUACCACAUUCUGUCACAUUCAUCAACACAUUUAAAUACACUUUGGAAAAAGGAAUAAAGGUUGGAAGUCAAUCCAGGGAGGCAAAAAGGACAUUGUCGAAGUUUAAUUUAGUAAGACAAAAGCUGUGAAAAGAGAGUUGAAUAUAAAGAGAAGGGGAGGGACAGAAAAGUAAUGUUUGGAAAUAUAGCCUAUAUAUUUUUAUUUUAUUUUUUUU